AGGAUGCUGCUCGUCACGGACCACCUACUGCACUUCCUGGGGCUGGAGAGGACGGUGUUCCGCCUGUACGCCGGGUCCGCCCUCCUCCUCUCCCUGCUCUUCUUCUUCUUCUGCCUGCUGCUGCGGUUCCUGAGGCUCUGCCAACGCUUCUAUCUCACCUGCCGCCGGCUGCGCUGCUUCCCCCAGCCACCCAGGCGCAACUGGCUGCUGGGCCACCUGGGCAUGUACCUUCCGAAUGAGGCGGGCCUUCGAGAUGAGACGAAGUUGCUGGACAACAUGCACCAUGUGAUUCUUGUGUGGCUUGGACCUGUCCUGCCACUGCUGUUUCUGGUGCACCCCGAUUACAUCAAGCCCCUUUUGGGAGCCUCGGCUGCCAUUGCCCCCAAGGAUGACUUUUUCUAUGGCUUCCUGAAACCUUGGCUGGGGGAUGGGCUGCUGCUCAGCAAAGGUGAAAAAUGGAGUCGCCACCGCCGCCUGCUGACACCUGCUUUCCACUUCGACAUCCUGAAGCCCUACAUGAAAAUCUUCAACCAGUGCACAAACAUUAUGCAUGCCAAAUGGCGGCGUCUGGGGAAGGGAUCAGUGAUCUCUCUUGACAUGUUUGAGCACGUCAGCCUCAUGACCCUGGACAGUCUUCAGAAAUGCGUCUUCAGCUACAACAGUGAUUGUCAGGAGAAGAUGAGUGAUUACAUCUCGGCCAUCAUUGAGCUGAGUGCCCUGGUGGUCCGUCGUCAGUACCGCCUGCACCACUACCUGGACUUCAUCUACUACUGCACGGCCGAUGGGCGGCAUUUCCGGCAGGCCUGUGACACCGUGCAUCGCUUCACCACCGAGGUCAUCCAGGAGCGGCGGCAGGCACUGCGCCAUCAGGGGGCUGAAGCCUGGCUCAAGGCCAAGCAUGGCAAGACCCUGGACUUCAUUGAUGUGCUGCUCCUGGCCAAGGAUGAAGAUGGGAAGGAACUGUCAGAUAAGGACAUUCGGGCUGAGGCUGACACCUUUAUGUUUGAGGGUCACGACACAACCUCCAGUGGGCUCUCGUGGGUGCUGUUCAACUUGGCAAAGUAUCCGGAGUACCAGGACAAGUGCCGGGAAGAGAUUCAGGAAGUCAUGAAGGACCGGGAGCUGGAGGAGUUGGAGUGGGACGACCUGACUCUGCUGCCCUUCACUACCAUGUGCAUCAAGGAGAGCCUGCGUCAGUAUCCCCCCGUGACUCUUGUCUCCCGCCGCUGCACAGAGGAUGUCAAGCUCCCAGAUGGACGUGUCAUUCCCAAAGGAGUCAUCUGCCUGGUCAGCAUUUAUGGGACCCACCACAACCCCAUCGUGUGGCCUGACUCCAAGGUGUACAACCCCUACCGCUUUGACCCGGAAAACCCACAGCAGCGCUCGCCGCUAGCUUACGUGCCCUUCUCCGCGGGACCCAGGGUGCCCCUUCCUCCAGGAACUGCAUCGGACAGAGCUUCGCCAUGGCUGAGAUGCGUGUGGUUGUGGCGCUGACGCUGCUGCGCUUCCGCCUGAGCGUGGACAGAACGCGCAAGGUGCAGAGGAAGCCCGAGCUCAUCCUCCGCACCGAGAACGGCAUCUGGCUCAACGUGGAGCCGCUGCCUCUGCGGGCCUGAGCCGCAGCGCCGGGGCGGAUCCGGGGACCCAGGCCCCGCCCAGAAAGGCACAGGCCACGCCCAUGGAGGACUAAGCCCCGCCCCCGGAGAACCAGGCUCCUGCUUCGAGCAGCCCGUUAGUGCCGGCCACGCCCCUCGCACCAAAGGCCCCGCCCCCGACAGCCUUAUCCCCGCCCCCGGGACCAGGCCCCGCCUCCAGGAUCCCGCGGACUUAGGUCCAGCUCCUCUUAGAGACUGGAAGCCAAGGCCACAACCCCGCAGAACCAGGGCCCCAGGCCCCGCCCACCCACCGAGCCUUCCAAGGGCAUAAGACCCGCCUCUCGGGUUCAAGCCCCGCCCCCUGCGGACCCCCGCCGUCUUCCACAUUCGGAACUUGGGAGCUGGAGCCCCGAACCUGGACGUCACCUUCCUAGCGCCCCUCAGUUGCGGGGCUGCACCCCAGGGGCCAGGCUGUUUGCUUUUGUUGUUUUGUAAACCCAGACCCUCGCAAGCCCCUUCCUUCCUCCCUUGCUCAAAGGCUCUUAGCUGAGUGUUCUGAUUUUUGCAGAAUAAAAGCAAGGCACACAGGCACGCCCCCUCCCCCCACCCCCAGCCUGGCCAGACCCUUAUACCUCAUCUUCUGGAGCCCAGGAAGGGUCCUGACCCCUCCCAUGAGGGGCUCUGAGCAGAGGCGGGAAGUAUUUGGGUGAAGCUGUGGGCUUGGGGGCUGGGAAGCUCUUUGCCU